UUCCAUUUUACCGGAAGUACAGCCGGUGGUAGCGUAAGAAAUUAUAAAACGUGACAAUUUUAAAUUUUAUGCCGAAAAUUAUUUGCCUAUCAAUUAUCAUGAAGUGAUCUGCCUACCUGGAUUCAUUACCAUGGUGAUUGCAAUAGGGUUUGAAGGAAGUGCCAACAAACUUGGUAUUGGAAUAAUCCGAGAUGGUGAAGUGUUGUCCAACCCAAGAGAUACCUACAUAACACCACCUGGGCAAGGGUUUCUGCCACGAGACACAGCUAAGCACCAUCAAGCUGUGGCUCUUGAGGUUUUACACAAGGCAUUGAAGGAAGCUCAUCUUAAACCUGAAGAUAUAGAUGUGAUUUGCUACACAAAAGGUCCUGGUAUGGGAGCCCCAUUGGUGUCAACAGCCCUUGUUGCUAGAACUGUAGCACAGCUGUGGAACAAACCUAUAGUGGCUGUUAACCACUGUAUUGGACAUAUAGAAAUGGGAAGAUUAGUGACUGGAGCAGAGAACCCUACAGUGCUGUAUGUUAGUGGUGGAAAUACACAGGUGAUAGCCUAUUUGCAGAGAAGAUACAGAAUAUUUGGAGAGACCAUAGAUAUAGCUGUUGGUAACUGUCUGGACAGGUUUGCUAGAGUACUCAAGCUUUCCAAUGAUCCCAGUCCAGGAUACAACAUUGAACAGUUAGCAAAGAAAGGGAAAAAGUUUCUAGAGUUGCCAUAUGCUGUAAAAGGAAUGGAUGUGUCAUUCUCUGGUCUCCUGUCAUACAUAGAGGAGAAAGCUACAGGUCUCAUUGAAUCAGGCGAGUACACAGCAGAAGAUUUAUGUUUUUCACUACAAGAGACGGUAUUUGCAAUGUUAGUGGAGAUUACUGAGCGAGCUAUGGCACACUGUGGCUCACAGGAAGUACUUAUUGUUGGAGGGGUAGGCUGUAAUGAAAGAUUACAAGAGAUGAUGAAGAUCAUGGCAGAUGAAAGAGGUGCUCAUCUCUAUGCUACAGAUGAAAGGUUUUGUAUAGAUAAUGGUGCAAUGAUAGCUCAAGCUGGUUACUUGAUGUACAAGUCUGGACAGACAACCCCAUUGGCAGAAACGUCCUGUACACAAAGGUUUAGAACAGAUGAAGUUGAGGUGACUUGGCGAGACUGAUUGUGGUCUACAACAAACAAUUUUAUUGGUAGAGAUAUAAUUCAUCAUGUGACACAACCUUCAAAAGGCAGCUUUAUACUCAUGCACGACAUCAUAGUCUGAAGGACUGUUAAAAUAUAUACCAGUUGUGUUUUGUUAAUGGAUGAUGAAUUUCCUACAGUUCAGCUCCAGACUACACCAAAAACUGCUAGUAUGGAUUUAUAGUCGAUACAAGAAUAUUACUGUGUAUUUAGGUCAUUGAAAGUUUAUUUAGGCUUGUAAAAUCAAAUAUUUCAAAAAUCAAGAUGGUUAGCAACUGAAAAGUUUUUCUUUGCAGGCUAAAAAUAUGUUUUGGUCCAUGUCAACUUCAGCAUGGAUUCUUCAAAACUGCUUCACAAACCACACACAGGUGACAGAGGCAGGACAAUUAAUCCUCACAUUGAACAAAUUUGUCAUAUUUGUUCACUCGUCUUGAUUCACCCUGUGGCCAGGACAGAUUCUAAGUACAUAAAUAAGACAUAUUUGUAUCACAUUUUAUUUUCAGUUUAACAGUUAUCCUUCAUUUAACUUGUAAAUAACAUGCAUUCUCUCAGAAGAAUGAUAAAAUACACACUAUAAAAUGAC